AGCGGCAGUGAGGCGGUGCUGCCGCUCCUGCGCCGGCGUUAAAAGGCGGCGGGCGGUGCGCAAGGGCCACAGUGUGGGGUGUGUUUGAACAAGAGACACAGAAAAGUUAGUAGCGGAUUUUUCUGGCGUCUGACCUGCAGCAGCAUCCGUCGAAAGCAUCAUGGCAAAUAAAGCACAUCAGCCUCCUCACCUGCACCUGGCCGAGGUCACCGCGUCCCAGUUCCUCGACAUUUGGAAACAUUUCGACGCUGACGGAAAUGGCUACAUUGAGGGGAAGGAGCUGGAGAACUUCUUCAGGGAGCUGGAGAUGGCCCGGAGAGGAGCAGGGGUGGACCCUUCAAACCCCAUAUUCAGAGAAAAGAUGAAGGAGUUCAUGCAGAAGUUUGACAAGAACAAAGAUGGACGAAUUGAGAUGUCAGAGCUGGCCCAGAUUCUCCCAACUGAAGAGAACUUCCUGCUCUGCUUCAGAGAGUUUGUCAGCUCCAGUGCUGAGUUUAUGGCGGCAUGGAGGCGAUAUGAUACAGAUCGCAGUGGCUACAUUGAAGCAAACGAAUUGAAGGGCUUUCUGUCAGACUUGCUGAAGAAGGCUAACAGACACUACGAUGACCAGAAGCUCCAGGAGUACACACAGACCAUACUCAGGAUGUUUGAUCUGAAUGGAGAUGGGAAGUUGGGCCUGUCAGAGAUGGCAAGGCUUCUCCCUGUUCAGGAGAAUUUCUUACUCAAAUUCCAGGGUGUCAAGUUGACUACUGAGCAGUUCAAUGCCAUUUUUGCAUUCUAUGACAAGGAUGGGAACGGCUACAUUGAUGAGCAGGAGUUGGAUGCCCUGCUACGAGACCUUUACCAGACAAACAAGAAGGAUGUGGACGUGAAGAACCUUACGGGCUACAAGCAGAGCAUCAUGACCCUGUCUGACGGAGGGAAGCUCUACCGUGGCGAGCUGGAAAUUGUCCUCUGCAGGGAGCCAAUUGUGUGACUCUUCCUCCUCUCUUGUUGUGUAUCCUCAUUUUCUCUGCCUGCCCUGUCCUGCACUCCUGAGACCACACCCACAUCCAGCUGCCUGGCAACAUAGACCAGGUGCAUGUGCCAGACACCCCCCCUAUCAUUUCCCCCAACCCCCCCUCAAGU